AUGAUCGCUCCAACGCCCGCCUCUCUCCUCCUCCUUCACCUACCGGACGAGAUCCUGAUCAGCGUCUUCGGUUUCCUUGACGUUCCGACCCUGCGCCAUGCCUUCCUGGUCUGCAAACACUUCAACGGCCUGGCGGAACCCUUCCUGUACCACACUGUCCAAGUGCUCAAUGGCUUGCAAGCCGCCGCCCUGUCUGCCAGUUUGUAUGCAAAUCCCCGCCGUGCCACCUGGAUCCGCUCUCUGCUUGUCUCCACCAAAUUCGGCGAGGACGAGGGCUUGAGCAUGUUGCCGCCUCACCUGGCCAAAAUGCACAAUCUUCAGGACCUGUGUCUCGAAACGCCCGAUUGCAACGCCAAGUUUCCUGAAGAGAGGGUUCCCUGGGUCAAUCUGCAAGACAGAUACGAGCGCAUUUUCGAGAGUGCUUCAGCUGUCGUGCCAAAUCCGGCCAACAGAGUACUCCCAAAUCUGCGGAGAUGUACAUUACAUUUUGUGGAUGGUCAGAAAGAAAUGUAUUCCAUGACCAGAUACGCCAUGCUCUUCUUGCAUCCAAACCUCCGGUCCCUUACCAUAUCUUGUGCCAGCACCGACUUCCCUGAUGUGCUGCUCGCGCCAUUCCACGACGACCAUACGCUAAUCAAGUCCACCAACCUCGAGCACUUACACCUUGAAGAAUGCGACAUCUUCUCUCCCUCUUUAGCCAUCCUCCUCAGUUUUCCCCGGGCCUUAAAGUCUCUCAGAAUCAGUGAAGGAAUCCGUUACGAUGGUAUAUUCAGCGCCAGGAGUAGUCGGGUGCAUGGCAACGUGGCCCCUCAACCUUUCGUGGAUGCUCUAUCUCAGCACUGCACCAAUUCGCUCGAGCACUUAUCCUUGGCUCUGGGGUAUAUGCGGCAAGGGUUUGAACACAUCGAUUUCGAGGGAUCCUUUCUCAAUCUAACAGCAUUCCACGCGAUGAAACAGCUCGACCUCGACGUCCGCACCGCCAACCUUAUCAGGGUGCGGGGUGUCUGCGACCACCGUACCUGGCGAAGGCUACCGCCGAACUUAGAAACCUUCAAAAUCUUUGGCAUUCCAUUCGGCGACCGACCCCCGUUCCAUGCCCGCAGACGGGUUUGGUUUCCUUUCGAGCCUUGCCUGGUGAACGACAAAGCCGGGCACGGGAUGCGGAUGUUGAAAAAUCUGAUUUGUUCUUACGAGUACUAUCGGGAAGACGACGAGGAGCCCCCAAGAAGCAUAUCUGAUGACGGGGACAGUGUUUAUGAAACCAGCCAGGUUGCAAUCGCCCAGCAGAGAAUGAUGGACAGGUGCAACGAAAUAGCACCGCUAUUCCACCGACGCCGCGUGAGACUAGAGAUUGAACUCGUGGUUCUUCCCAACGGGUUUAUACCUCCGUAUCUUUUCACCGAGGACGAGCCCAGGUCCUUCAUACUGUGGGAAUCGGCUCCGCGCUCUACCUAG